GGCAAGCGCUGGGAGGGAGGGGGAAGGAGCGGGGACAAGGUGCGCGCUCAGGGGAGGAGGUGGAGAGGUGGGGGGGCACCCACUAAUUUUUCCCCACGGGUGCUCCAGCCCCGGAGCACCCACGGAGAUGGCACCUAUGAUAACAGUCUCCAUGUAUGUAAAAGAUUGUUAUAAAGCGGAGGGUGAAGAAUUUUUCUCCUUAUCUACCGAGGACGGGACAAGAAGCAAUGGGCUUAAAUUGCAGUAAGGGCGGUUUAGGUUGGGGCAUCAGGAAAAACUUCUUUUCCGACAGGGUGGUGAAGCACUGGAACAAAUUGCCUAGGGAGGUUGUGGAAUCUCCGUCACUGGGGGUUUUUAAGAACCGGUUAGACCAGUGAUAAUCAAACCUCAGAGUCACAGUAGUGUGAAUUCCGUGGUUCAUUUACUAUUUAUAUAUACUGUAUAUGAUUCUCACAGCAAAAUGACUGACUCGGUGUUAUUAUUUUAUCAACUACAAUUGGGUAAUAACAUAGUAAAAGCCCCCUGAUUGGUUAAGAACUUAGAUUGGUUAAUAAUUAAAUCACACAGUGUUUUGAUAUCACAUGCUGCAAAGAGCCACCGGAGACUCAUUAAAGAGCCACCUGCAGCUUGCGAGCCUCAGUCUGAGUAUGACUGGGUUAGACAAACACCUGUCAGGGAUGGUCUAGGUGAUACUUAGUCCUGCCUCAGUGCAGGGGACAGGACUAGAUGAUCAGUCGAGGACCCUUCCAGUCCUACAUUUCUAAGAUUCUGUAUUUCUCCAAGUAUCUACCAAGGUGAAUCCAUUUUACAGAGAGGGAAGCUGAGGCUAAGUGACUUGCCCACGGUCAUGCACUGGGGCAGUGGCUGGGUAUAAAAUCCAGGCGUUUCUAAUUGCCAGCCUCUGCAAGAACCAGUAGGACAUGCUCCCGGAUGACAUGCAGUCAUCAAGGCUGGUGUUUGCUUUAAUAUUUAGAGUGAGGAUGUGAUGUUUAGCCACACUCUGUUAGUAAUAAUACUUUGUACUUUUACAACACAUUUCCUGUAAGGAUCUUAAAGCACUUUACAGACUUAAACUCUCAUGAUUCCCCUGCGAUGAGCUGGUAGGCCAGCUAUACUUAUUCCCAUUUUACAGGUGAGGAAACUGAGACACAGAAUGUCAGUGGUGAGCAUGUGUUACAGGUGCCGGAUCUGCAGAGGCUACCUGUGACAGCCCCUGCUCGGGGACCUUGCUUCUUUAGCUCAAGUUGUAGCUGCACAAGACCUCCUUUUGGUUCCAGGCACGUCAGCCAAGAUAGCAGGUGUUGUGUAAGUGACUCGGCCACGAUCAGAUGAGGACUCUGAUGGAAGAUGGAGCUCCUGGCACCCAGUCCUGCCCUCUGCCCACUAGGGCACGCUCCCUCACUGGCCAGGGCUGAGUGCGCAGCGAGAUGGUGGAACUCACUGCCACAGGAUGCGUCUGAGGCCAAAACCUCGGCAAGACCCCAAAGGGGUUUGGAUGUGUUUGGUGGACAACAGGAAUGUCUGGAGUUAGACGAGUUAAUGCUCUUCUGGAAGGGCUGUUAAAGUGCGUGCUUCAGGGCUUGAGCCAGCCUCUAACUCCUGGGGUUAGGAGGGUUCCUUCACCGCGCUCUGAAGCCGCGGGUGCUGGUCUCUCUCCAAGGUUGGCCUAGGUGGUUUCUGAUCGAGCCUGGCAGUUCCUGUGCCCCUGAGGGAGCGGCGGUGGUGAAGGCGAGCGGACAGGAAGGCCUGGCAGAGCUGUCAGCAGAGGGGGAAUCCAGGCUGAGGUGGUGGUGGCAGAUGUCUGGACGUGGGCAAUCUGGGAGCAGCUGGGCAGUGACUGCGUUUGCCCCUUUCAGGCCUGGACAAGGUGCUGCAGCAGUAUCCCUUUGAGACGUGGUCCCUGACCGGGAACGAUUUGCUGCAGCUGUCCUAUCGGCGCUUGGAGGAGCUGGGCCUGAGGCGUGUCGGCCAUCAGGAGCUCAUUCUGGAAGCUGUGGAGCAGCUGUGCAUGCUGAACUACGAGCUGGAGACCACCAGCCUGGGGACGCUGACGGAGAAGCUGCAGCAAGUCGCUUGGACCACCCAGACCCUCAUCCUGAGCCGCAGGAAGGUGACCGCGUAUGAUGGCGAGGCCAUCGAGACGCCCUCCCCGGACCUCCUGGCCUGCAUUGCUGAGCUGAUCACGGCGGCCAAGGGGCUCUUCACCUGGCUCAGCAGGUAUCUCUUCUCUCACCUGAAUGAUUACUCAGCCAGCCGGGACAUUGUCUCGCUUUGCAGAGAACUGGCCCAGAUCCUGCAGAAGGACUGCGGAGUGUCUGAGAGAGAGAACCGGAUCCUGCUGAUUUGCAGGCACCUUGCGGGGAUCUGUGAGAACAUCUCGAGCUGCAGCCCGGCAGCCCUGCUGAACCAGACUGCCAUCUUGGAGAGCGUCGACCUCGUGCCCACCGAGCCAGAGGACAGUCUGGGCAUCGAGAUCAAAUCCACUAACUCCUGCCUCCACUUCAUAGUGGGAACCGCCACUAAGUCUCCAGCUGACGACUGCAGCCAGAUCCUGCCGGGGGAUGAGAUCGUUCAAGUCAACGGGCAGGUGGUGGUGGGUUGGACUCGAGUGAAUCUGGUAAAGAAAAUACUCGAAAAGCCAAACCAGGUGACGUUGGUGCUGAAGAAGAUUCCACUAACCUCUGUGGGGUCCCCGUGUUCCCCCAGGUCUCCGUGCCAUCAGGCACCUGGCAGCUUCUUGGGUGCUGCAGAAUCUCCUGGCUUGGAAAGCAAUGACUCUCCAGUAAGCUUGGUCUCCCUGCCUUCCAGCGUGAUCGCCGGGUUGGAAUCGGGGCUGGACUCUGCGCUGGAUCUCGCCACUGACGAAGAGGAGGAGUUUGUCUCAAGCCACCCCAGAGAGGAGACCAGGGACUUCCUACGGCAACUCCCCGCUGAAGGUGGUUCAGCAGCCCCUACGUUGGAGAUCCAAGCUUUGGGGGCAGGAUUUGAAGGGCGCAGCUCCCCCGUUGCUGUCGCUCCAGCCAGACCCAGCACCUUGGAACUCGGAUCUAAGGAGUCCCCAGAGAACGGAAUUGGGAGCAGAAGUCGGGGACCAGAAUCUCCCGCUCUUCCAAACAAGAGCAGCACCAAGAGUUGCUCCAGGCAGAAAGGAGUGGCUACCAGGCUGAGCCGCCGGCGGGUGUCCUGUCGGGAGCUGGGCAAGGUGGACUGCGACGGCUGGCUCCUGAAGAAGAAAGACCACGUGGGAUUCAUGUCCCAGAAAUGGAAACGCUGCUGGUUUGUGCUGAAGGGCCACAUUCUCUACUGGUACAACCAGCCCAGUGACGAGAAAGCCGUGGGCCUGAUCAACGUGUCGACCUACGACCUGGAAAGCACCCGGGAGCAGAAGAAGAAAUAUGUCUUCCAGCUCUGCCAUGAGAAGUACAAACCUUUCGUCUUCGCAGCAGAGACUCUGGCUGAUCUGAGCAUGUGGGUGAGUGGUUUGAUCACCGCAAAAACCAAAUACAAGCUGGCCCAGGAAUCGCUCCCGCAUAGAGAAGAAGACUGCUACAGUGAGACGGAAGCUGAGGAUCUUGACGACGACUCUCCCAAGCCUGGCUCUGAUCUGCUGCCAAGGAGAAGGGAGCUGCUCACCACGCUGGAGAGAGCCCAUCCCAGUGCUGCAAUGGGGAGCCCUGACUCCACCGGCCCAGUGGGGAGCCCCGUCCCUGGCAGUGGCAGGCCCUGCUCGCCCCUGGACUCCCCUGGCGAAGAACUGGAGUCCCUAAUUAAGUGUCUGAAGCAAGGCGGGGUGUCUCUCAUCGGCACGUGCCAGCUCGUGACCCACGAGCAGUACCGCAAAUCCUUCAUCAAGCGCAACAAAAACCCCCAGAUCAACGAGAGGGUUCACCUGGUCCGGGCCCUGCAAAGCACGCUCAAAGCGAAGUUGGCUGAGCUCCAGAUCCUCAAUCAGCUCCUGAACGACUCGGAACUGACCUCAGAGAAAUUCAGACACUGGAAAGAAGAGCAUCAGGAGUUAUACCAGGAAAUCCACCAGUGGUGGGUGCACCAGCCAGGCCAGGCUGAAGGUCUAGAAGCAGAACUUGGUGCUGAAUCCAGUCCACAGGAAGCUGCCGGUGCGAGGCCGUAACACAUGGAAACAAGGCAGAUCCCGGGCAAUAACGUUCCCUUCAUGAACCUCACUGCAGGGAAUAACACGUCCUCCUCUCAUUCCAGAGAGAGAGUCCUGUCAUCUCUGUCCCAUGAAGAAACAUGGUGCUCUGAGAGCAAGGAGGAAUGCUGCUUGCUCACAACACGCAGUGCGUCAAUGUAACUGGAAAGUGGGAUGCAUUUUAAAGACCCCGUUUAAGACACCUUAGAGCAGGAUUUUAUGUAGGGAACCACUUUUGACAAAGCCUUGUAAUUCCGAGGACUGAGGGAGGAAUUCUCGGAAUGGAUCCUCGGUUGGGUCUAAAGAGAAUUGCUUGUUUUAAAAGAACUGCUGUUUCCAUUUGCCAGUGAUGGUUUAAUUAAUCUGCAUCCAUAUACUUCACUGACUAACUGACCCCAACUCUGUGAGGCCAGAACAGUCCCUUUGGGUAUAAUUCUGAGACUGGGAUAUUCAACAUGUUGAUGCCUUGGCAUUUCUCAUCACUCGACAUCCAUCCAGAGCCCGAUCAGAACCAAGAGCCCGUGUGAUGGAAGAUCUUUUAUGGAUAGAAGGAUCAGAGAAGUGCUGCCUGGCCCCCUCUGGCUCUGCUUGCGGCGGUAAAUAUUCAUUUGAUAAAGAAAGGCUGGUUUUCAUAUAUGUACAAAUAAUUCUGUGUAACAGUAUUUGUGAGUGGACAGAGUCAGACUCUUUAAGUGCCAUUCUGUGUUCUUGCUACUAACUCCAAGUGUGACCUUGGGCGAUUGCCUUAGUUUCCCUAUAUGUAAAAGGGGAUAAGACAGAUCUGCCUCACAAAGCUGCUGUAUACUUUCAUUUAUUCAUGUGGCCAAAGCUCUUUGAGCUCCCCUGCUGCAAGGCCUUGUUACAGAUGUAGGCUGGCAGUCUGAGCCCGAAUAAAGAUCUGAUCCAGCUCCCCUCGAA